UUCAAAAAUGGAGCCUCUCACAACUAGUUAUCCUCUGAAGUACUCAGUGCCCAAAACCAGGAUCUUUGUUGUCUUCCUGUCAAUGCUUUUGUGCACCACCAUUCUCUGCAUGCUGCAACUAAGCUUUUUUAAACCUAAAAUCAAAGAUUUUUAUUCUUUUGAAGUCAAGGAUUCACGAGGAAGGAUCAUUUCAUUGGAGAAAUACAGAGGAAAAGCAACUUUGGUUGUAAACGUGGCCAGUUACUGCCAAUACACAGACAAAAAUUACAUCGCGCUACAAGAGCUGCACAGAGAGUUUGGUCCCUCCCACUUCACUGUGCUGGCGUUUCCCUGCAACCAGUUCGGAGAAUCAGAGCCUGGUUCAAGCCAGGAAAUAGAAUCUUUUGCCAAAGGAAACUAUGGAGUAACAUUCCCUGUUUUCCAAAAAAUCAAGAUCCUAGGAUCAGAAGCAGAUCCCGCCUUUAAAUUUCUAAUAGAUUCUUCAAAGAAAGAGCCUCGAUGGAAUUUCUGGAAGUACCUUGUCAGCCCUGAGGGCAAAGUUGUGAAAUUCUGGAAACCAGAAGAGCCAAUAGAAAGUAUCAAACCAGAAGUAAUAUCAUUAAUCAGGCAGAUUAUCAUGAAGAAAAGAGAAGACCUUUGAAAAAGCCAUUCAACACCAUGGGUAUAUACAGCCUUUCUACAUCCCUGGGAAAUGUUGCUAGAAGCUAAACCAUCAGGUGAUUUUACUACUCUUUAGCAUUGGUGUUUGCAAUUUGUCUAUUAAUUCUGGAUUGGCUCCUGCCACGGCUUCAAGAACGACUGAGGUUACUGGCAUGGCAAGGCACUCAGUACCUUGCAGGGAGGGACCACCUAUUUGCAUAACAGGUUUAUGAUUUCUUUUUCUGAAUUGCUGACAGUAGCCAAUUAAAAUUGUCACCAGCAGGUAGAUAGUUAGAAUGAAAGUUUAUUAAUAAAUUACUCAGUAUUUACACAGGUUUUUUCCCCCAUCUACAAGUAACAAGCAGAUUUUAUAUUCCAUUAACACAUAAUUGCCCUGUUAUGAAAGACAUGGGACCCAGAGACAUCCAUAGUACAGUUUCUAGACGCAAAUGUGACUGAAGAUACCAGCUUUGCAAUAUCUUCUCAAGAAAGACUGCUGAAUUGUGAAGCUGCCAGUUGCAAAAAAAUUGUGAGUAGAAAACAAAAUUAUU